AUGACUCUCAAAGUGUGUGAAGCAUUUAAAGAUGUUGAUAAACGUUUGCCUGAUAAUUAUUCUUUCGAUAAAAAUAAAGUAACUAGUGAUAUAAAAACUUAUUGUAGAUUUAACAAGAGAACAUGGCAAGGAGAAUGUUUCACUAUCGGUGAAGUAGUUAGCGCUGUUACUAUAUUAUUACUUCAUAAAUUAUUCGUUGCGAAUAAAAAACUAGAAUCUGAAAAUAAAAAUAACGAAUAUAUCACGUAUGUUAUGCUAUGGUUAAGUAAUAAAAUGAAACUAAUUACAAAAGGGAGCUACGGAAGCGUGGAUGAUUUUUAUUUCACAUUUAUAAAAAAUAGUCAAAAGUAUAAUUUAUAUCGUGAUAAAAUCAAUAUAAACAAAAAAAUAAUGAGACUUAAUAUUGAUAGAAUGCGUAAACUUUAUGGGUUACUUAAUAACCUAUGUAAUGCAAUUACUAAAUAUAACAACGAUUCUUCAAAUUACUCUGAUUUUUCAAAUUUUGUUAACAAUUGGAUAAUACAAUACAUACAACUUCUUUUAAAAAAACCUAAAGUUUUUGAAGAUGAAUAUUAUUGUGAUGUAUUAGUGACUUUAAAAAAUGCUUAUGAGAAAUUUAAAAAAGAUAAUAAUGUCAAAAGUUGUUUUCCAGAAAUUAUAGAGAUAGAAAAAAUAAAAACUUGUAAGCAAUUAGUUGAAAAAGCAACAAGUUCAUCGAAAGUUAUAGGUGUGGAAUUAAAAGACUUACCGAAUAAAAAAACUGAUGUAGAUAAUGGGAAAGAUACCUCGAGAAAUAUAGAUUUAAAAAAUGCAUUUAAAUUUUAUAGUUUAUUUUUUAGUAAAAUGUUUACUAAUAGUGUCAAAGACUUAUAUGAAAAUGUGUUUCCAACGUUAAAAAAUUUUUCUUAUAACACGAUUAAUUAUGUGAAAGAACUUAAAAAAACAAUAGAAAAAUAUGCACCAAAUAAUUGUAUAUCUGAGGAAAAAGACCCAGGGAAUAAACCACCAUCAUCUCAGAUAACAGUGUCAAGUCCAGUGACGAAACCAGAAGCUCCAGUAUCCGAAGUAGCAAGAGAUGGAACAACAGAAAUAGGUGAUAAUCCCCUCAACGUAUACAAGAAAAUGGGAAUUUCAAUUCUAAUUCUUUUAAUACCCAUUGCUUUAGCUAUUAUGUACAAGUAUUUGCCAUUUGGAUGGAGAAAGAAAUCAAAUAAAAAAAAAAAGAUGAAAAAGGCUAUAAAUAUGUUUGAUACAAAUGAAACACCAGAAGAAGUUAUAAACCCAAAUGAUCGAAAAAAACAAAUGAAAAUAAUUAUAAAUUUAUCUAGUCAAAACAAACAGGAUAAAAAGCUUACCAAUUCAUCUACUCCAAAAAAACAGGAUAAACAAUUUAUAAAUUCAUCUACUCCCAAAAAACAGGAUAAACAAUUUAUAAAUUCAUCUACUCAAAAAAAACAGGAUAAACAGUUUAUAAACUCAAAUGAUCGAAAGAAAAAAGUGGAAAUAAUUAUAAAUUCAUCUAAAAAAAAACAGACUAAGGAUUUUAUAAAUUCCACUUAUUGGGGAAAAUAUCCAUUAUUAAAUAUAUAUAAACUUAUGAAGGCCGAUCCUGUACCAUUUAUAAUUUUAUUUUUGUUGUUUAUUUUUUAUCUUUAUAAAAGAAAAGGCGAUUCUUUAGAAUAA